ACCCUCUCGGGUGUCUUCCGCGCUCAGCUUCCGUCUGCACAGGACCCAGUUUCCGCUCAACAGUUUCGGCCGACUUGCAGCUUGACUCCCGAGCUCUUCGCAGUUCCGCGCUUCCGCGAGUCGUUCCCCGUCGGGAUCCGGGAGUGAGCCGGUGCCUUUCCUCCGGGAACGGGAAGGUCUGUCGUCGCGGCGCUCGGCGUCCUCCUGCCUCGUGCGAUCCGUCGAGAAUUCAGCCGGCAAGGCGGAGCAGCUCCCACCAUGAAGAGUUUAGCCCACUUCUGUUGCUUUAUUCUCGUUAUCAUUGCCUCAACCAUUCCCGCCAGCUUCGCCAGGUCCAUGGCUUAUCAAGAUGACGACAGUAAUGUGCUCUACAAUAACUAUCCAGAUUUAGAAAUAGAAAAAUUAUUUCAUCCAGCACAGCAAAAGCGAGACUGUGUGAGGCGAGGGGGAAGCUGUGCUUACCGACCUAACGGCUGCUGUCAGAACAACGCCUGCCGAUGUAACCUCUGGGGCGCCAACUGCCGUUGCCAGAGGAUGGGCCUUUUCCAAAAAUGGGGUUGAACCACUAACAGUGAUAAUCAUGUUAUUUUUUACAUAUUUUAAGUCAAAUAUACUCUAUAUUAAAUGUUCCAGUUUCUCGUAAA